AUGCGGCAGCUGAUCCCUGGUUCCACCAACGCGCCGGAGGACGCAUACCGUGGUCCUAUCCCCCUUGUGAGGGAAGCUUUCGAGCAGACUGGAACCUGCCUGGGAUCGACGACACUAGUGCUCGCUGUGCUGGACAACAGCACCAGAAUCCACGGCAAGCUGCACCCCAUGAUCGCCGUCAUAUCCAUUGGGGACUGUGAGCUGCUCAUCCUGCGCCGCCUCCACGGUGAGCACAGCGCCCUGCAGCCUGUGUUCCACACGGAGAUGCAGCGCAUCGACGGCCACUUCCAGACCCCGCUGCAGCUCGCGCGGGUCGACGACCGCAUCGACCCGGACUUUCACGACGACAUCACCAUAGAGGUCAUCGAGAAGGGUAGCGCCGUGCACUGCGUGUCCGCCUAUGAGGGCGACAUUGUUGUGAUGGGAUCAGACGGUGUGUUCGACAACUUGUUCCUGGAUGAGGUUGCGGAACUCUGCAACGCGGUGCUGCAGCCAGGACGUCAAGGACCGGUGCCCGAGGGCACUCUGGAGCAGCUCGCGAGGCAGAUCGUGGAGGCCUGCCACGCGAAGACCCAUCCGAACGUGCUGGGCGCCUACCCCGAAGCGCCCAUCGGGCGCGGCGGCAAGGUAGACGACACCUCGUGCGUCGUCGCAGAGGUGGUAGAGUGGACGGAGGCACACAAGAGGAGAUAUAUGCCUCGACCCCCAAUGUUUUUCUGGAAGGAGUUCUUGUCCUGCGGAAGCGGAUGCGCUGCCGACGAUGACGAGGACGACUUGGAGGAGUACGACGGCGGCAUGCGACCGCAUGGGAUGAGAAGCCCACGGCAUGUCCGGUACCACGAGCAUUCCCGCACUGAGUCCCGAGUUGAUGAGAGCAGCAGCAGUGAUGAUGAGCCGUCCGCCUGUGCAGUAGCGUGA